AUGGUCGCCUUUCCCGGAACCAAGGCCCUGCUUCUCACGCCGGCCACCGAGAAGACAGUCUACAAAGUCUAUCUCUUCGAGGCGGCCUCUAUCUCUCUCUCGCCAGAUAGCUCUAUCCGAGACGGCUUUAGCCGCCGCGUCCACGAGGGCUGGGGGGUAUUGAUGGACGACAGCUGCGGCUUCGUGUGCGACCCCCCCGACCCUGACUAUGUCGCCGGAGAGUACGCCGUAAGCCUGCUGGCGUACUUGAAGAAGGAGUCGGAGCAGAAAACCGGCGCCGUCUUGGAGAAUUUCUUCAGCUUGUGCAAAACAGCAAAACCUCCGAUCCCGGCGGACAAGCUCAAGCAAUUCUUGACCGUACUUGCGAAGAAGCUGGACAAUUAUAUCUAG